UGCACGCAUUGGUGAACUUUGUAUAUCAACCAUCCGCAUUUCCGUGUAUAUUUUUUUACCGCACGAAAAUGUAUACCUGUUGAGAAGCGUAUUGUAUUGACAAACUCUAUCUCACAGUCCCAUUGAUAGACAUUUGUGAUAGUUUGACGCUAUCGGGACAUUGCAUUAUAACCGUGUGCCUAAAGUCGGCUUGAUAUUUUGAUGACGAUGCUUGUUAAAUGUGAUUUCAUGGACUUGAUCAUGCAUUAUGUCGUUUAAAAGUCGGUGUUCGUCGACACUGCAGUGAGUUUGGUGCAGGCGCCAACACCAAUCGACAGUGAUCGAAGAGGAAACUCUUGAAACUGCUGCCUCACGCCCAAACAUUCAACAAAAGGCCGGUGGUUUAUAAACAAAAUAUUGUUCUCAUACACUUCUGUAAGUUCUAAAUUGGAAUUCGGCAAGUGCUUCGAACUGAAUAAUUCCCAGGAUUUCAAAGUUGCUGCUUGGAAAAGGGCGAAUAUUUCGUUAGAGGAGGAUUUGUAAACUGUUGAAUAGCAGGCUGUUCUUUCUGCUCGUACAGAGGCUCGGAUUUUGAUACUCUAGGAUCGAAGAAACAGGAGUUUUGUGGUAACCAUGCCUCGUGGAAUCAAUUUGGACGGUGCGGACGAUCUUGCCGCACUGGACACACUCGAUGAGGAGACUAUGUUGGAGGCUAUUUGUCGGCGGUAUGAAAAGGACAGGAUUUAUACUUACAUUGGUGAUAUUUUGGUAGCUGUAAACCCCUACAAGCCUGUGGGAAUCUACUCGUAUGAGAAAUCACUUUCCUAUGCCGACCUGAAAUACAGACAGUCCCUUCCGCCCCACGUUUUCGCUGUGGCCGACAAAGCUUAUAGCUCUAUGAGAAGAACAGGCAUCAAACAAUGCAGUGUUAUCAGCGGCGAGAGUGGGGCGGGGAAAACGGAGACGGCCAAAUACGUCAUCGGGCACAUCAUUAGCCACUGUAAUAGCAAGAAGAGCAACUUGCAGGAAAAGAUUCUCCAGGUGAAUCCAUUGCUUGAAGCCUUCGGCAAUGCUCGAACUGUGAUGAACGACAACUCGAGCCGAUUCGGCAAAUUCCUUCAACUUCAGUUCACAGAAGACUGCCAAAUAGUAGGAGCCAAAAUUGACACGUACUUACUGGAGAAGUCUCGUGUGGUAUCGCAAGGAGAGGGAGAAAGAAACUUCCAUGUCUUCUACUAUCUGUUUGCUGGAUUGACGGAACAGCAGCUCUUGAGUAUACUGCUCUCACCUCCUGAAAAACACAGGACACUUACUGGGAGAGGAGAGAAAAACAUCUACACCAGCGAAGACGAGUUCCUGCAUUGCCAAAAGAACUUCGAUGAACUCCAGGAUAUCAUGGAGCUGGUUGGCUUCACUCAAGAGGACAUCUGGAUGAUCUACCGUCUCCUCUCAGCCGUCAUUCAGAUCCCCGACAUCGAAUUCGAUGUUGAUGACGAGACGGGGGGUUCCUAUAUUGUCGAUGAAUAUGUCCUGAAAGUUGUCGCCACGCUCCUCGGUCUAGAUCCGUCAGCCCUGGCUACAGCUCUCAUCUCAAAUAUAGUCGAAGCAAGGGGCGAACAGAUCGUGACUCUGAAGAACGUCGGGCAGGCGAACGAUGGCCGGGAUGCCCUAGCUAAGGCUCUGUACAGUAAGCUCUUCAAUUGGAUCGUCAACCAAAUCAACUCCCUCAUCGCUCCCGAUGAUGAUUGCCCGGGAACGAAAGGCUACGAGAUCGGCAUCCUAGACAUCUACGGCUUUGAGAACUUUGGGAAGAACAGCUUCGAGCAGCUGUGCAUCAACCUUACCAACGAACAACUUCAGUACUACUUCAACCAACGGAUCUUUGCCUGGGAGUUGGCCGAGUACGCCGGGGAGGGUAUCCCCAAGCACUCGGUCAAGUACCAAGACAACAUGCCGGUUCUGGACCUCUUUUUGGCGAAGCCGCUUGGUCUCCUAUCACUCCUGGACGAGGAGGCUAGGUUCCCCAAGGGCACUGACGUCACCCUAGUGGGCAAGUUUUCGACCAAUCACAGCAAGAAUAGCAACUUCUUGAUGCAGAAGAAGAACAAGGGUAACACGACUAUCUUCGGGGUCAAGCAUUACGCAUCAGAGAUCUGGUACGACUCUACAGGGUUUCUCGAGAAGAAUCGUGAUACAUUCAGCUCUGUUCUAUCUGAAUGCUUGACCAAGUCAGAUAAUGGUCUGGUUAAGUUCCUCUUCGUUCAACAACAAGAACAAAAUAAAAGGGGUCUGGGCACUCCGUUCAGGAAUCAGAAGGAUAUCUUGAUGUGCAAGCCGGCCCCUACGAUCACGAUCAACCCAGGUGUGAGUCUGUCCAGAGAAGCCGCUAGGAAACUAAAGAAACAACUGAAAGAAGAGAAAACGGCCAGAGCUAAAGCAGCCAGGUCCAAGAACCAAAUACCUACCGUAGGAUCCCAAUUCAAGAGCUCACUGACGAGUUUAAUGGAAAAGCUUCUUUCCGCCGACGCCCAGUUCAUCCGCUGUAUCAAACCGAACUCGUACAGCCGACACAACCAGUUCGAUCACGAGUUGGUUCUUCGACAGCUACGGUACACAGGCGUCCUCGAGACUAUCCGGAUCCGAAAGAGCGGAUAUCCAACUCGGCUUCAGUUCUCAGAUUUCCAGCAUCGGUAUAAGUUUAUUGGCUUCCCACUAACAGCAGACAUUGAUGUGCACCCCAAAAAGUGCAAACAAAUCCUCGAAGCGGCUGGUUGCACAGACUAUCACAUAGGCAAAUCAAAGGUCUUCCUCAAGUACUGGCACACGGAGAAGUUAGACACUCGAAUGGAUCAACUCCGAGCUCAGGUAGUCACGUGUCAACGCGUUGUUAGGGGGCGUGCCGCUCGCCUUCGUUCCACCAUUCUUCGAGAACGAAUACACCGGGACCUGGCCGAUACGGCGUCAUUCUUCAACGAGAUUGAGAGAAGAUCGGAUCGCAGUUACGCAGCCAUGGUCAAGUUGGAUAGACAAGAUAAGGAGCGGUUCGACCAAAAGAAAAGACAGAUGAUUCUUGGUGAGCUACGGGUUCGAACCGAUGUCCGCCAGAAGCAGAUCCAGCAGGAGAACCGCCCACCCCCACCGGUAGGGCAGCGACCCACCAGCCCCAACAGCAAUGGCCAACGGGGAUUACACCCCAACCAGGCCCAGCACCAGAGGAGGGCUGGGCCACCACCUGUGUCGCAGAAACCGUUGGGGUACGGCGCGAUCGGGGCGCUGAAUGGGGCUCGAACCGAUAGGUCACAGAUACCGACUAGCAAACCACAGGUGGAUGAGACAGGAGCAGGGAGACAUGUUGGUGAGAGGCAUGUUCAUUGGCCGAGAAGGAAAGAAGAACCCAGUCUUAUACCCAGGGCAAUUCAAGGAAAAUACAUAAAUGGAGAGGAAAUCAUCAACGAGUUGACAUACAGCAUGCAGGACAUCGGAACUGAGGCGUGGUGCAAAGUCUACUUCAUGGAGAAACGAUGUCGCCUGUCCGACUACCAAAUCAAAUCACCCGCCAUGAUCGUUGAUGGAUACGCCUUCCAACACCCCGGCAGACUUGGAUUCGGUGCGCUGGCAAACCCACUACGGGAUCCAGAAACCAAGAAGGUACGCGAACACAUCGGGAAGGGCGUUCAGUUAGAGAUAGAUAGCGAAGGAAACGUCUGGGCCACGAGACUAGGCAAAAAUGAGGUCUUCGUCAAGGGGUGCUUUGAACCCGAGAACCACUGCAUCUCGGCAGAAGUAGUUGCAAGCAUGGGACGUCUGCCACGCAACCAAGCUAUGAAAGUUUUCGAUAUUGUAGAGUACAAGGCACAACUCGCUAUUGAGGCUAAGAAAGGCAAUGGUCAAAUUGACCACCAUCGACUGAAGAAACUGAGCAUCGUUUCUCUAAGCUUCGUCAAAGAUAAGGUGGAGGAUUUCAACACACCCUGCUGGAUUUCCUUGGUUGUCCUCCCCGCCAUUAGAAUGGACAAUCCCAAAGUACUACGAGAUGUUGGUCGGUUCCUGAGAGCCUUCCGUACAGCUGCACAGAUCGAGGCAACCCUCAUGGGAAGAGAGUCAAGUCGAAAGUGGGCUCGAGUCAACAAAAGAAGCUCUAACUUCGACAGGGAAAACAAGACAGACGGGAGGAGAAAGAGGAUUGAGGAUAUGAAACAGGCCAAGAUUGAUAAGAGACCAUUCCACUACAGCUGGGAGGCAGAUGAUGACGAAGAUUUGGGUCUGUCUAACCUGAGUGUGACUGCGAUGGACCGCGAUGGCCGCAACUCUGCCUACAGUGACACAGGAUCUAUCUACUAUAACAGCGAGGCCGGUGAUUCCCCGGGCUACGGAGGGAGAUCAAGUAAAAGGAGAUCAGUCUUCCGGGCUGUGUCCAUCAGGAAUGCGAAUGCUUUUCAGCAACGCAACCUCCGUUCCUCGUACGAGCGCAACGGCGAAGCCGUGGAUGACGACGGUCCAGUCACGUCCAACUACAGCGGUUACGACUUGGAGAAAAAACGGGAAUGGGCUCGUGUCAAACUCAUCAAGAAAGAGAGAAGAAUAAGCGAUGAUAAUUGAACCUAAACAAUUAGUGUUUACAGGUUUAGAGAGUGAGUUUAACCUAGGAGUUAAUGACGAGCGACUCUCGUCCUUUUGAGGCCUACUAGGGUUAUUGUAUGAAGACGUAUGAACUAUAAACCACUCCAGAAAUGUGUGGUUUCGGAAGAAGUCGGAUAGGAAAUUGAGAAAGAGUACAAGAACGUUGCUCUUUGACUAAGGCAUAAUGCCAGAGUGGAUAACGUCCCGAAGCGACUGCCAAUUAUUCAGUAUUGAAUGAGCUUUCGUCUUCAUACUGAACCCUUUUGCAGUGCUUCUACGGCAAAGCUAGGGGACAUAUAACUGGCCUAAGCUUAACCUUUGCAAGAAAUCUCAUCUUUGUAGAACAUAUUUGCUCUGAAUGUUUUAUCAUUAUAGAUGUUUGUAAGUUCAGAAAUAAGUGUAAGUCUGCAUAUAAUUAAGUUUAUUUCCCCCCAAAGUUAAUAACUAAUAACAAUGUUUAACAUGUUUUACUCUUCAAAAAAAAAGAUGUACUAUUAUCUAAUGUUUUGGUAAACCGAUUUUUAAAAUGUUUAUUUUAAAGAAAGGAUGAAAACUAAAUAGAAUAUCCUUUAUGAGACAUAUACUUGCCCUUUACAUGUACACUGUUUUUAAUAUGGUGUAUAUUACGCAGUAAAUAAGCAAAGAGUAAGAAAAUUGAGACUGUUUACUUUUCCAGAAAUUUCACAUCAAUUGUUUUAUUGGUGAACACUUCUGCAGUAAUACUGAAUAUAGAACGUACAUUGAGAAAUUCCAUCAAUCACAAAAAAUACCUUAUGAAUUAUGUGCUCUUACUACUUACAAAAAUAGAUAUUGUUUAGACCAGAUAAACAACACACUUUUACUUGAUUACAUUUCGAUUGAGGGCACUAUCGACAAAACUUGUAUUACUUCAUGCACCGUUUAAAAUCACACCAUAUUGCAGGUCAUAUUACAUAUGGUAACAAGUCAAAAUGGUAUUGGCUAAUGCUGGGUCAAAAUGGUACAAUUUUGAUAGCAGAAUCGUCCGCCAGAGAUAUUUUGGCUAUAAAAUUAUAUUCUAAAAAUACAUCCUGCAUGUGGUCAGAUGCAUCCACAAUCAAAACAGAAAAUUCAAAUAUGCCCCCCAAACAGUCUCCAAAAUACCAUCUAGACUCAGCAUUACAUUUUCACCAAAUUUUGAGUGAAAAACACCAUUGCAUAGGGGACAUUUAAAGAGCAAACCAACAAAUCAAAUAUCAAGGCAGUCACAAAUUUAACUAAUAUAUGACAUCCAUAACCAAAUGAAAUUUCUUUAUGUAAGAACACAUCUCAUCAAAUGAGAAGACCAUUAGAAGGGUAUGGCUUCCAUAUAUUAAAUCCACAAUCUCCAAAUAUCAUAUGUAUAUAUAUAUAUAUAUACUCUUUAUAAACAAAGAAGAUGAUAUAAUUCUCAGCUGAAAGAAGAUUAAAAUAUAUAUUCUACGAAAUUAAAAUUUGGCUGAAUCAACAGUUUCAUUAAACUGAAUAUCCUUUCCCUCAGAUGUAGAUGAAUCAACUUAUAGAUGUGACUUUGAAUAUAUCUCAAUAUACUUUAUCAAAUUCAAUUUCAAUCAUAAGAAAGGUAUCUAUUUUUUUAAUUAAUCAGCAUUUGUCAUUUUGCAGCACUUUUCGAUGCUUCAAGUUUCCAUGUAAACUAAAAAAGGCAGCUUGCAGAAAGCAUUUUUCAUAAUACUUCUUUCUGGACUCAAAAUUAUAUAUGUUCAGUAGCAAAAUGCGACAUGCAUGAAGACUAAAAUAUCAUUUUAACAUUUCCAGUUGCCAUUGAAUAAAUCACUUCAUGCAACACAGAUUGCAUGGUAUUAUACAAAUUUAAAAUGAAUAUAUAAUAAACCAGGCAAGAUAGUGAAAUACUAUAAUUAGUAAUGAUCAGAAAACAUAAGCUAAUCAUGCAUAAAACCCAAUGGGAAGGAUUACAUUUUCAUUCAUAAAUGGGUUUCACCAAGAAUCAUCUCAGGCGUUCAUUUGUAUUAAUAUUCAACACGCUAACGAAACCUCAGUGCAGGCACAUCAUAUGUUUCUACAUGUAGCUUUUAAAAUAUAAGCUGCUAUUUGUAAUUUCAAUUUGGUACUGCAAGUAAUACCAAACCUGAUGAUAAAUCACACAUUAAAAGUACAAAGUGUGAGAAGUAGAUUUGCUUAAAGGUGAUACUUGGCGAAUAUACAAAGUCAUGAUUCUUUAUUCCUUUACCUAGUUUUAAUGAUGCCAACUUUUUAGAGGCUGGUUACACCCUCUGCAGUCACGACUGGCCAAUCACAUUCUUGUUCUAAUUUGAAUGAAGUGCAUUGACCAAUCAGAUGAUUGCUUUGUAGGUGGGCCUUCAUUAGUGACAUCACCGUCAGAUAUUUUUUCUCAUCCUAAAUUUUAUGUCGAUAUCCAGUUCAUUUUAUCUUAGAAGAGGAUGUUAAGUUUCAAUAGAAGACUAAAUUGAAUACUCUAUUAUCUAGAUAAUCCAUUUGUAUAGGUAUAUGAAAUUAAAUGAUGGUUUCAGUAUAGGGACAUAUGAUCCGAAGCAGAAUGAAUAUGCAAUGAUAUGCCUAUUAUGUAUGCAAAGUGAUGUUCUAUUCUUAGAAAGACAAAAACAACAUGUAAUCAUAUAAUAGUAAUUUUAUGAUGAACAAAUUGUAUUAUAACAAAAAAAUUGUGAAUUUUUGACAGAGAGAAUGUAUAUGUUUGUUUGAACUAUUGACAGUACUAUAACAUCUGGGAUUUUGAUAUGUACAAAUGUUUAUUAAAAGGGAAAAGCAAAUAGUUUAGUGACAUGUAAAUAUAAUAGGACAGUAUUUAGUUACCGUAGAUUAUAUAUAUACAAGGUAUUAUCAAUUAUAGUUGUAGAUCAUGCAAAGACAUAUUUUGUAGGUGAUAUAUAUCUGAUGAUAGUUGGAUAUUUAUCAAUGUUUCUUUAGCAAUUUAUUUUGGUGCGCAUUUUAUGAAUGGGUGAACUUUACAUAUACAAUAUGUUAAUUUUAAGAGCUUAACACCAUCAUUCAUUGUACAUAUAUUUCAAGGAGUGUUAUAUUUUCUAAUUUAAGAGAGAGAGAAAAGGGCGUUUUUUGACAAGCUUUAAGUAGCUGGAGAUCAGGCCAUAGGAAAUUUACAUGAUAGAGUCUUCAGGUAGACAAUGUCUAUUAAAGAAAGCUUAUUUGAGUAUAAGAAAUUCCUGAAUUUUUGCAAAUUAUAUUACGCAUCAUAUCUAAAGACUAGCGGCAAGUACACAUAGAUAGCAUCUCAAAUAACAGAUAAUGAAAUAGAUGAUAUUCUUAUUUGUACACAAUGAAAUAGUGGAAUAAAUAUUUUGAUAAACAAAUUGGAAAGCAUUAAUUCCUUAAUUCACAAUAUU